AUAAUUAGUACCUAACUAGCUAGCUAGGGACAAUUUUAUAUAUUUUCAUCGAACGAUAUAUAACUUCUAAAUUCUAAUCACGUUGGUGAAUAAAAAUGGAGCCUGCGAAUUGGGCAAGGCGUUGUUGUUUGGGUAUUGGUGCAAGUGUUGUAGGGGGCAUAGUGGUUGCCUCCCUGGUGUGGGACCUGUGGAUGCUGCUUGGACUUAUUCUUCGAACUCAUAAUAAAGAUUGGCCGGAUAUUAUCUUUAUAGUAUUCGUUCUCUAUGUGUUAAUUCUGCCACUUGGUGUAGUAAUUCGGACAUUAUUUGCUCAUACCACUUUUCCUUUGACGCCCUCAUCCGCUCCCCCCUUGCUUUCCGUACUUGUAUUCUGGCCUCGCCGUGCACAGUACUCAGAUCCGCGGCCUCUUGUCGCUCCGAUUCGCUUGGAAUUGCUGCACUGUGUUCUUCUUUCUGGUGAAUUUAUUUUUCCAGGCCCUUGGGUUUCUCUGGUUUGCAGUUAAGUACUUACACGCAUCUCACCAUUUUACGAUCAUUAUUGUAUCCCUUGGGUUUCUCCUUUGUUAUUCUAUCGCCGUCAUCAUAUAUUUACAUAAACACUCCCCAAUUGUCGAAGCUGAGUAAUGAAUUUGAGCAUAUUUAUACUGCUUCAAUUCUAUGAUAUAGGAGCUUCGAUUCCAAUUGAAGAGAUAAAUUGAAUUUGUUUGAAUGUUUGAUUACAUAUAAGGUAUUUGAAUUGUACGGAGUAUGUAUCAUACUCCUUAUUUGAUUUGUUUAUGUUUAUAAUGCCCAAUUCCAAAAUCUAACUUAAUUGCAUAAAACAAACGUAGGAGUAAGUUACAUACUAAUGAUACGUACUAAGCUACUUCCCUCUUGAAAAGAACGUUCUCAUUUUCCUUUUUCUGCCAGUAAGAGAUUUACAUUUCUACAAAAAGAAAAUCGAUCACUUUAAACAAAAGAUCACAAUUGUGUUUCUUUAAUUAAUUAUUGUUAAGACUUUAUGUUUCUUUAAGUCUUAUAUAUUGUUUUAUUGUUUUCCGGUAUGUGAUCGACAAAUAUUUUACCACUUACUUUAUGUUUAAUUUGACAUAAAACAAGAUAUAUUUGGAAAGUCCAAACACAUUUUAUUUUAUUUAAAUAUGUAUAGAUGGUGAAUAGAUCCAGUAGUGAUGCCAUUGCCGAGAAUUAUGCAAUAGAUCCAGUGGUAAUGAAUAGAUUUAGAGCUUCAUUAAUUUUUACGUAUUCAUUGUUUCUAUAAUAAAAAAUUUAAAGAAGAAUACAUAUAUUUAUAUGAAAUUUACAACUAUAUACUAUAAAUACAACUAUUUAUUGUUUUCAUACUCCCUCCGUCCCUUUUAUUUAGCCAAACAUUGUUUUUCAAGUCAAAGUUGUUCAUCUUUGACCGAUUACAUAUUUAUACACGGUAAUAUUGAUAAUAUGAAAUUUAUAUGAAAAUGUUCUUUGUUAAAAAUACUAUCAUAAAAGUAUAAAUUUAUUAACUUUUACAUAAGUAUAUCAGUUAAAAUAAUGGAUCAAAGUUUAUCAUCUUUGACCGAAAAAGUCAAAGUUGACUAAAUAAAAAGAGACUUUGGAACUAUACAAGGUCUGUCACUGGCUCAACAUAUAGCAAAUGUAAGGUACCAAGCACUCCGUAUGUCAUUGAAUCAUUGAUCGAGAAUAUCAAGGGAAUGACGAAUAAGUGUGUAUUUUAAACAAGUCGGGCUGAAAGGUGAUUGUUCUAUACUUAAUUAGUAGCGGGAGAGGCUAAAUAUAAAAAAUGCAAUGAGGACACUAAGAAUUUGAAAAAAAAAAAAUUAAUGAAAUAAUGAUGACUAUAUGAUAGGUUAGAAAGUGUUUCUGCUACGUUUUAAGUCUAUCUUCUUCCUCUCAAUUUUUCCUCACAUAAUACUACGCAGUACUAUCCUGAGCGUAGUAGAUGAUGGGAGUCAUAGGAGAUGCUUUUAGCUUUAAGUCUUGAAUGUCAUUUUCCUUGAUUGGCUAGGGGUGAUUUUAAUGAUUUCAAGUUCCCGACGGAGAAGAGAGGAUGAGUACCUCACCCCCCUUGGUUAUUAAAUGGUUUUCGUGAGACCAUUUGAGCUUGUGGACAGAAAAGGCAUAGUUAGGAGGUCAUCCCCGUCCACCCCAAAUUUUAGAAAAGCCUAUAUUUUUAGUAUAAAAAAUUUCGUGUAAUUUUUUCAAAAAUAUUCUUUAUACCGACUCAGUGUUCUAAUUACGCCCAAUCGCCCAUGUUUGUGGAUUAUUAAUUUUUCCAUUUUAGGGGUAUCAAUUUACAUGGGAACCAUGAAGAGGCUCUGUAAAUUGUGUAGAGGAAAAAUGAGACAGGAGUUUGGUUUCUGUUGAGUGGUGACUCAUUGCACAUGUUUGAUGUUUCGUAAUUCAUUUGGUGCUCUGUUUAUUAAAGCUCUGUUUAUGCUUUAUCGAAUUAAAAGGUCAAAAAUAUAUGCACCAACCGUUACUAUUUUGCUAUAUAAAAUUAGACUUUACGGAGACUAAUUAAAGAAGUUAUGGACCCCUAAAAGGUACUCCGUAGUACACUAGUACCGUAGUACUACUGUAGUAGUGUGAAUUUUAUGCUAGAAAAUUGGGGAAUUGCUUUGUUAAAAGGUGGGGUAAUAGGUUAGAGUAUGAAUUAAUUAGGUAUAUGGAGUACUUACUUGAUUUUCAUGAUUAGUUAAUUUGACUCCCAAAAUUACUACUCCUUCCCAAACGGAGACUUUGCACAACCACGGGCAUCGGAAAUCCGGGGUCACUGAUAGAAGCUUCAACCGUACACUGUAAACCGUUUACGGUCACCAUUUGAAUUUAAUGAAGGGAGUUUUGACGCAAAAUCCUUCCUGGAGGCAAGCCUUCCGGUUUAUGUUCUAUAAAAAGAUGAGGCGGAACAAAUUAGUCAGUCCUCAUAAAACACGGGCUCUUCAGCCCAUUCUCAAAAUUACGAGGCCACUUUGUAAAACCUCGGCGCUUCAGGGGAUAAUAGCCUCAGGCCUCAGUAGCUCCCAAAAUCUGAGGUCACCCCGUCACACCUCGAAAGCACGCGCUGUAGCCUCAGCAGCUUCCAAGGAAGUUGGGACAACCAUUUGGCACUUGUAGAGUUUGCCUAUAACAACAGUUAUCAGGCGAGUAUUGGCAUGCCUCCAUACGAGGCAUUGUAUGGGAGGAAAUGUCGUACACCGUUGUGUUGGGACGAAGUUGGCAUGGCCAAGCUCGAGAGCACGGAAUUGGUGGAGAUCACCAAGUCAAAAGUGAAGACGAUUCGAGAAAGACUUAAGGCGGCCCAGGAUAGACAGAAGAACUAUGCCGAUAAACGCCGAAGAGCCUUGGAAUUUAAUGUGGGAGAUGAGGUAUUCUUGAAGGUUUCACCUUGGAAGGGAAUCAUCCGAUUUCAGAGCCGAGGGAAACUUAACCCACGAUACAUAGGGCCAUUCGUGGUUCUUGAGAGGAUUGGGGCCGUGGCAUACCGAUUACAGUUGACUCCAGAAUUGGAGAAGAUACAUAACGUAUUCCACGUGUCUAUGCUUAAGAAGUUUAUACCGGAUCCGUCUCAUGUAUUGGAGAAACCACCCGUGGAAAUACGGGAAAACUUGAAUUAUGCCGUGCAACCGGUGAAGAUACUUGAUAGGCAAGUCAAGAAGUUGAGAAGCAAGAAGGUUCCAAUGGUUAAAAUCCUUUGGAAAAGUGACCGAGUUAAGGAAGAAACUUGGGAAACGGAAGCUCUGAUGAAAGAGCAAUAUGCGUUUUUGUUUGUAUAAGCGUUGUGAAUUUCGGGGACGAAAUUCCUGUUAAGAGGGGGUGAACUUGUAGCACCGUCCCCAAGCAUAUUUACUUUUAGUAAAUUAUGUAAUAAACCUGGAAAGAUGAUUUAUGAAUUUGCGUAAUUGUAAGUUUUUAUCGUUCCUUUUACGUGAAUAGUAAAUUGCAUGUGGGACCCACAUCGAGAACGGGGACCGCCCAAUGAUUCUAGAACCACAUAUUAUAUUCAUCUUGGUCUAGAAAAUAUGUAUAUGGUGGUUGAUAUCCUAAAUUGGGCCAUGGAAAGGGCGUGGAGUUGACCGGUCGGUCAAACGAGGCCCAAUUACCGGUAUUAGUAAUUUACCGGAUAAUAGCCUGAAAUGAAUUUCGGAGACUACUAAAUUAAUGUUGGGGAAUGUACAUCUAUUUUAAAGGCCCACAAUUAUUAGAAACGUGUGAUAUAUUUUAUCCGGCCCGAUAAAAUAAAAUAUAGUUAAAACAGUCCGAGAAAUACAACUUUCGGGGCCGGUUGUACACACCGGGGCAUAAUGGGAUGACCUCCCACACGAGUGGGGGCCACCCCACGUUUUUGUAUGCACUAGUUGACUAAAGGGGAGCUGGAGGAACAUGAAUUGAGUGGCAUGUGCGGACUAGUGAGUGAGGGGAUGGGUAGAGACAAACCCAUACACCCCAUGUCCUCUCUUAGUACCAUUCUUGGUCUUUGAUUGAGAGUAGAUACCUUCCCCCCUAUCAUUGAGAGCCAUUCGAACCAUAAAAGGCAAGAGGAGCUCUAGGAAGCAUCUUUCACAAACUAAAGCUUGAAGGAAGCAAGAGUAGGGGAAAUCCAAGGAGAAAACUAGCAAGGAAGAAGGUAAGAACUCACCUAUCUUCUUUAACUAGUUUUAUGGUAUAUGAUUUUUUAAGAAAUCAUAUGGUGGAUUAAACAUGAUGUUCUACACGUUUAAAAGUGUAGAAUAAUGUUAUAAAGUGGUGGUAUUUAACUUAGAAGAGUCGUGGAAUCGAUAGGAGUUGAAACCACCGGAAACCGCGAAGAAGGAGAAGCUGCCUGCGUUGCAGACAGACGAACAUCGCCCGGCUUUUGUCCAGGCAGUCCAGUUUUAGCUGUUAAUCGGUUUAGAACGGGGAUUGAUCGAAGGGCUUAACAAAGGCAACUAUUGCAACAAUUCAUAAGGUGAGGAUGGCUGACUAUAUUGCUUAUAAUCUUUGAGUUAAUUUCAUGAGAUUACCUAAGGUAAUUAAAUACGUUUUUAAAGGAUUAUUAAUGAUUAAUAAUGCCUAAGAAUGAGAAGACUAUUGUCUAUAAGGAAAGGGAGCAUAGUAUACAAAUUUAAGAAUAAAUUGUGUAUGAUUAUGCAUUAUGAGCAUGUUGGCUCGAUGAGGAAAUUAACUAUAUAAAUUAUAAGUGGAAAUAUAAUUUUAACUUCAUAUAAGAGUAUAUGAGAGAUUAAAAGUUAUAUUUUGUAUAUUGAUGUGAAACUAUAUUUUCAAAUGGAAAAUUAGUUUGGAAUUUGUCUAUACGACUAUGAACUAAAAAAUUGGUUGUUGGAAUUUAUCCGACUAGUAUUAAGAUACUGUUUAAGCAAAAUAUUGAUAAGCUAAAACUAAUUAAAAAGGAAUUUGUAUAAAGAAAGGGCUUCGAACAAGAAUAGAGAAGGAGAUGACAAGAGAGUGAAUAAGAAUGAAAACUUGUGUGUUAUCCGAAUGUUUCAGCUGCCUUGAUUACAAUGAGGCUAUUCUAUUUAUAGGAAAAACAAUUAAAGCUCUAAUGAUGGUUUUUUCCGUUAUUGACGGAUUGGCCAUCCGUUACGUACCGACGGAUUCAAAUCCGUCAUAAAGGCUGGUCAAACACAUUUAAUACCCUCCUUAAUCACAUUAAGGAGCCUAAUAAUGUACAAAAAACGUUACAAUAUUUAAAAAUGAUAUUCUUGACGCUUCAAUGACUCAAUUUGUCUGUUUUGGCGGUUUGACGUAACGGUUCCGACCCGUCGUCGGUUUCGCAACUCGUCAUCAAUGUUGGCCAGCUCAAAAAUAAGUAACCUCCAGCCUUAAUAUCGUUGAUAACUCCAGCAAUAAACACAAAUCCGUUACAACAGCCAUCAUUAAGCCUCUUUAACUUUUGUGAUCAACUCUCUUUAAUGCAAAAUAUAUUGCCAAAUAAUUGCACUAACAAUUGCCCCCUUUCGAGAAGUUGGCGCGUACAAUGCAUGGUCGGAUCAUUAAGCGGUAACUUGUCGAAAUUUUGAAAGAGCAACACUUCACCUCUUGGUUCACUGCGUCUAUCGACGACUUGUGGUGACAUGUUGACAGCUUCGGUUGAUGAAACAUUUCCGUCUUUCUUCAGAAUUACCGUUGAUCGAAUCCAUCUCCUCAACUAAAACAACAAAAUCUGAAGUCUGACAUGUUAUCUUCUCUCCUCCAAAAUUGUCUUGACGACUCGGUGACAGAAAUUCUACAACAUCUUUCACAUUGAUGUCGACACUUCAUCUAGCGACGGGAACAUCAUCCAUCGUUGAAGAUGACGAGAUGUGUUGUGUGAACUUGGUUCAUAUCCUGCAAAAACUUUAAAUAUGGCAUUACGUUUGUCGUUUGUAUUGUCUCCUUAUGUUGGAGCGUGUGCUUUUGUUGUGUAGUUCUGUAUUUUUUUUAUGUACGUGUGUUGUCAUAUACGUUUCGGUUGCACGUGCGGUGUCAUAUAUGUUUUGGUUGCACGUGCGUUGUCAUAUAUGUGUGUAAGUUUUGGCCAAAAAUAUAUAUGUUGUAAGGGCCGGCUGGGACUGUUAUCCAUGAUCUUCUCAUGGGCAGCCCAGCCCUUUCCCAUUUGAUGUUAGUGUGUAAUAUGUAAUUGGCAAGAGCAUGGUUGAAAUCUUAGUUGCCUCAGUAAUUGCUUGGUCUUAUGCGUCGAGAUAGUCCUGCAUCCAUUAAAAACCGUCAAUGCUGGUCGUUGGCUUUAGGCCAACGACCCUCAAAUGGUUAAGUCAGUAAAAGCAAUGAAUCUAUCUUGAAACGGAAAUGUUUACUUUACACUGAAUACGUCACAACAUUCUUUCAGCGGAAUGACAAUAGUAUGAUCCCACGGAGGACCCCAAAAUAUAUUGAACUAAAGCUCACGGCUAAGAUAAGUUACAAAAAUGAUUUGAAGGAAAAUGCAAAGAUUAUUAACUAUUGAGGAUUUAGCAAUCCAAAAUACCAAGUCUAUAAAUGACAUAAGAUUUGCAUGUUAAAAUUGCAGUUCUGCCAGGCGUCAAAUUAGAAAGUAAGACACGACCUCAAAGUGACGUACAGACUAACCAUGACGCUUUGACAGAUCCAUCGUACCCAAUACGUCAUGGACUUCUAAUUGAACUUACGAGGACGUGCGACGUAUCAAAGAGACUUACCUGGCACCUCAUUUGGUUUCCUGCACUUAAAACGUCGUUAGGAUUGGUCAUUGGCCUUAAGCCAACGGCCCUCCGACGAUUAAGUUAGUGAUUGUUUUCAGGUAAAGAAAAGCAAUGAAUUUAGCACUUGUAUACAAAAUUAAACACAUAUCUUACAUUAGAACACGUCUAUCGCCAGACAAUAUGCCCCCCAUCUGAUGAUUAAAAUCGUCUCGUUACCAAGGUGACUCGUCAUGGAAGUGACUUGUCGCGAUGAGGCUCACCGCGAAAGUGACCCGUCACAGAAGUGACUCGUCACAGAAAUGACUCGUCACGGAAAUGACUCAUCAUGAAAGUGAUUCGUCAUAGAAGUGAGUCAUCACAGAAGUGAUUCGUCAUAGAAAUGAUGACAAUAUGCAAAAGAAAGCAAUAAACUGAAAAUGAAACAACUUUAAGGGUACCGUGUUGCAGCACUUUAGAAUCUGUCUAUCAUCGGAAGAUAUGCCCCCCGUCCGAGAUUUCAAUCACCUUGUCUUGUUCAUCUCGUCAUGGAAUGACGGGACUCGUUGCUCAGGUCUUGAAUAAGGUUUCCCAGACUUGUAAUCAUGUCUCUCAGGAGAUUCUGGUUUCCCGUGCCCCCAAUCAUGCUCAACAUGUCCAAGACGGGAUCGUAAGUCUUCUUCUAGGCGGAUGAAAGCCAAUGCCUUUGCUUGGACAUCUUCGAAGGAUCGAAGAGGGUAUUUCGUCAGUUCACGGUAUAGCUCUGAAUCGUCGAUCAAACCUCUUCGGAAUGCCUCAAUUGCCGUUGGUAUGUCACACCUUGGAAUCGACACUUUCUCUUUGUUGAAACGAUGAAGAUAAUCCCUCAAUGAUUCCCCUCGUCGCUGAACAACUCUGUAUAGAUCACUUGUUUGUUUCUCCAAAACGCGACUACUUGCGAAUUGCUGGUUAAACAAGUCGACGAGCUCAGCAAAUGAAUUGAUAGCCUCAUUUGGCAAGUUGACGAACCAGGUUAAGGCCGGUCCUGAAAGUGUCGCUCCAAAUCCUAUGCACAUGCAUGCUUCCCUUUGGUCUGGUCGAAGUGAUACGGCCAGCAUGUGUUGUUUGUAUUGGGCAACAUGUUCCACCGGGUCGGACGUAUCAUCGAACAUCUUCAUGGAAGGGGCGACGAACUUCCUGGGUAUCUCGGCUUCAGUAAUCCGUCUGCUGAAUGGAGACUCUGCGUAACACGUUCUCGAUGCUCUGUCCAAGGGUGGGGGUGCCCAUGGCAAUCCGUUGAUCUUAUCUUGCAUCUGACGCAUUUGUUCCAUCAUCAUGGACAUUUGAUCUGCUAUGACCGGGUGAAUUGACAAUGGAGUCGAAGUCGCUGGUCCGACCAUUUGGGUGACUUCAGGUCGGGUCAGUGACGGAAUGAAUAUUAUCUCAGGGCGCCGUUCAGGUAAUGUCGGCGCUGAUGUAAUGACAGGUCUACCAAGGCGUUGCGUCUGAGGUUCCAGAAAUGACACACUAGGCCCGUUACGUCUGGCAUCCUGCAUGAAGCUUGACGGAUCAGCGUCUCCGUAAGUUUUGCUUUGGUAACGAGGAACCGACGGUUCCGUCGGGACAUGAGUCGCACCAGUUGACGGAUUAGAGUUGGACGGACCGGGAUUUCCACAGGUUGUGCUCCUAUAGUGGGGAAUUGAUGGUUCUGUUGGGAUGGAAUGCAGAUUCGUCGCCGGCAUGCAAGCCUGACCCGUUCGAUCUGACCCGAAGGGUUUCCGGGAAGAAACAAACUGGUAUGUUGGCUGGUGGCGUCGUCUCUGGCACGAGUGGCGUAUAUGGGAUGACUUGCGAUAUGACCGUCGAGUAUGGCUCUCCAGUCGGCGUUGGCGACAGACCCAGCGUAAGAGAUACUGGAUCCGUCGAUGCCGCGAGUGGAGUCGUCGAUGGCGGGGAGACUCCGAGAUCCAACCUUGUGGCAGCAUUCAUAAGGUCAGUUCUCCGGUUGGGCCUUGAAUUCGAGGCUAUUGACACUGCGGAUUGUACCUGGGACCGAAGUACAUCGUUCUCCCGUUGAAGAAGGGCCAUCCUCUCUGCCAUCUCACGCCGAAUCUCCUCUCGGACUGUCUCCAAUUGUUGAUGGAAUUCAAUCAACAAUUGAUUUGUUCCUGCCAUAUCUAAACUCUUUCUUGCACGAUGCCCCACGGUGGGCGCCAAAUUGUUUAAGCAAAAUAUUGAUAAGCUAAAACUAAUUAAAAAGGAAUUUAUAUAAAGAAAGGGCUUCGAACAAGAAUAGAGAAGGAGAUGACAAGAGAGUGAAUAAGAAUGAAAACUUGUGUGUUAUCCGAAUGUUUCAGCUGCCUUGAUUACAAUGAGGCUAUUCUAUUUAUAGGAAAAACAAUUAAAGCUCUAAUGAUGGUUUUUUCCGUUAUUGACGGAUUGGCCAUCCGUUACGUACCGACGAAUUCAAAUCCGUCAUAAAGGCUAGUCAAACACAUUUAAUACCCUCCUUAAUCACAUUAAGGAGCCUAAUAAUGUACAAAAAACGUUACAAUAUUUAAAAAUGAUAUUCUUGACGCUUCAAUGACUCAAUUUGUCUGUUUUGGCGGUUUGACGUAACGGUUCCGACCCGUCGUCGGUUUCGCAACUCGUCAUCAAUGUUGGCCAGCUCAAAAAUAAGUAACCUCCAGCCUUAAUAUCGUUGAUAACUCCAGCAAUAAACACAAAUCCGUUACAACAGCCAUCAUUAAGCCUCUUUAACUUUUGUGAUCAACUCUCUUUAAUGCAAAAUAUAUUGCCAAAUAAUUGCACUAACAGAUACUAGUCGAGAUAUUGGAAUAAGAAAAUGCUAGAAUUGAUCCAAGGUUUGGAUUGUGAAAUAUGGAGCCUUAAGUAGUCUUAAGAGAUGCUAAGGUGGAUAAAUAUGGACUUUAAGUUAUACUAGGGGUAGGCCUUAAGGGAUACCCAAGGUAAGGUGAAUAAUAAAUUGAUCCUAGAUGUAGGAUUGGCCUACGGGUGUAUUUCGGUAGUCCUUGAGGAUAGCCGGUAGAAUCUUGGUAAAUAGGUAAGGAGCAUGGCCCUUCCCGACUCUAGAGAGCGGGGUUGGAUAGCAUGGACUUGCAUCGUGAUCACGGGUUAGGGUGGAAUCCGAAUCGGAGACCUAACUAGGCUCCGGUAGCGGUAACACAUAAGAUAGGACCCCGAAGGGCCUUACCUUCCUAAGGGAUGAUGGGUAUGAGUCCAGGGGCGGGAUGUUGAAGUCCGAACCGAGAGCCUCAUGAGGUCUCGGACAGCGGUAGCAAGUCCCGUAGAAAUAAUAAGACCCACGGGUUGGGUUGUGCAAAUGAUAACUAAAAAGGGAUAUAUAAGAUGGGUCGUGUGCCGACAAAUAAAUGAAUUUACUUAUUAUAGAGAUAAUAAGUGGGAAAUAUAAAUUAUUAUUUAUAUUAUGAUAUCACCCUAUUUUUAGGGUCUUAGAAAUUAAAACGUUGAUUAUACUUAGUAUAGUUGUCAUUGUACUUGUCAAAUGCUUCCAAGUACUGACCUCCCCUUCACGGGGGAGGCCACCUCACAGUUUCAGGUAGGAGUUGAAGCUUGCUACUAUCGCCGUUGCAUCGGGGAGUUCUAAGAGAGGAGACGUGGUUCGUGCUUCCUCUAUUUCCGUUUUCAAAACAAUUGUGUUAAUUGCUCAUGGAUAUUAUUUUUGAAUAAUUAUUUGGGGGCUUGUAUGCCAUGUUUGCCAAAGUGUGGCAUAAACACUUUAUUAAUGUUUCCGCUGCUUUGAAUGAAUAUUUUACAUUAUGUUUGUUUAUGGAUGUACUAUGUGUGAAUGAUAUUCAAGACGUCUAGUAUACUAUGGAUGAGUUGAACUGCGG